AUGCCCAAACGUCGCUGCCGUGUUUUGCAGAAAGAUGUUCUGUCCGUAGCUUCAGAUUGCACUGGUCUGAAUGCAGCUGCUAUGGCCUUGGAAUCGUUGAAUCUUCCAUUUCAGGAGGAAUGGGUGAGUGAUUCCGAUGUGGCAGUCAGGAGCGUGCUUCAACGCAACUUUGCCCCCAAAGCGCUGCUCCGCUCUGUGCAAGAAGAUGUGCCCAAUCACCUCCCUGUUGAUUUUUUUUCAGCAGGCUACCCGUGCCAACCGUACUCUGUGCUGGGCACGGGUGAUGGCUUGGAAAGUGAGGACAUUGGUGGCAAACCAUACUACAAGCUGCAGGCAAGAGUUCUGAACUCGAAGGACCAUGGAGUAGCCCAAUCCCGAAAUCGUUUGUACAUUGUUGGUGUGCAUGAUCCUGUCCGGGACUUCAGAUGGCCGGAACCGCAGGCCCCUGUGUCCCUUGAAUCUGCUUUGGACCCUCAGGAUGGCAGCGGACCAGUAUGGCCUCACAGCAAGACCGAAAUUCGCAACCUCAUCACCUGCUACAAGAAGUUGCAAGACAAGAGGCAACCCAUGAGAUGUGAUGGUAUUGCAGACAUCGGCAUGAGCUCCAAUUGGUGCCAAAGUUCAGCCCCUUUCAGCAUUGGUUAUGCUCCUUGUCUGACGAAGAGUAGGUGCGAAAGCAAUGGAUAUUGGUCAUUCAGCCGGCAGCGAAAAUUGCAUUUGAGUGAAUAUUUUCGAUUGCAAGGGAUUUACCCUGGGAGACUUCAGCGCCCGGGGGAUGUCACAGAGGCAAAGAUGCGUGCCAUGGUGGGGAACUCCUUCACUGUUCCAGUGAUUGCAAAAAUCAUGGACCGUUUGUUUUACAGUGCAGGGCUCACAAGUCAGCCUAUAGCCUUCGAUGCAAGCACUGGUGAUGAUGGUGUCUGGUUGUGA